CAUGUCAACGGAAUGAUCGCAAAAGGAUAGUCUGUGGUAUUAGUCACAUCAUGCCUGUCUAAUUAUAUGUCAACUUUAAUCAUGGACAGUUAUAUGGCUCCUGAAGUCUUCAGGCACCGUAUCUAUGCUUAGACAUUCAACGUUGCUACUAGACUACACUGGGUAAUUCGUCCUGUACUGAAAGUUGUCAUAAUGGAUCUAAAAUAGAUAGCAAAUAAAAGGUGUUCGAGCAUUAUCUAUUUGAGCUUUCCUGCAGAUGCUUAAAGGGAACCCCACCACUGUCUAACUUUGAGCGGUGUGUAAAAGCAGAGCUUGCAGCUGAAAGGGCUUGGUCUAAUCUUCGACCUAAAAGUUACAGUUCUGAGCUAGAAGAUCUUAAAGAGGCUGAAAGAGUUAAAAAGACAAAUGACAUAUGAACAAACAUUUUUUAAUUAAUAAUUUCUCAGUUCUGAAAACCUCUCUGUAUGUGGUAUCCUGCUCUGAGUAUAUUCAUGUCAAACGAUUGUCAGCAUUGAUGAAAGACGCGAACAAUGAGCACGUGUCUUGAAAAUCAUGCAACAGCUUUAAAGAAACAAAACAAGUCGAAAAGACUGUUUCUUUCCAAGAUGGGGACGAGAUAUGCUAGAACUGAUAGCAAUCGGAGCCUUGAGACGCUGCUCGAUUUGGACAAAACGAAAGCCAAGUCCAUCAAGGGUGUGGGCCAAACAACUCACAAACUUGAACCAGGCCAUGGCCUUGAGUUCAGCAACCUAUCAUAUAGUGUGAUGAAGAAGCAGAAGAAAGAUGGUGUUUGGAUUACAAAAGAAGCUUAUCUUUUACAUGAUAUAUCGGGACAGGCCGUGAGAGGUGAAAUUAUGGCAAUCAUGGGUCCUAGUGGUGCUGGAAAGUCAACCUUUCUUGAUGCACUGGCGGGCCGGAUUGCUCAAGGAAGCCUUGAAGGAUCCGUCCGGAUUGAUGGCAAGCCGGUAACAGCUAGCUACAUGAAGAUGGUAUCGUCUUAUGUUAUGCAAGACGAUCAACUCUUUGCUAUGUUGACAGUUUUCGAGACGUUCAUGUUUGCUGCAGAAGUUCGUCUUCCACCUUCGUUAUCCCGAUUGGAGAAGAAAAAGCGGGUCAUCGAGUUGCUGGACCAGCUGGGCUUAACUAGCACUGCACAUACAUAUAUUGGUGAUGAAGGAAGAAGAGGUGUUUCCGGCGGGGAGAGGCGUAGGGUGUCGAUUGGGAUCGACAUAAUCCACAAACCGUCACUUUUGUUUCUGGAUGAACCGACAUCAGGGCUUGAUUCUACUAGUGCAUUUAGUGUUGUUGAGAAAGUUAAGGAUAUAGCUCGUAGUGGGAGCAUAGUUCUUAUGACGAUCCAUCAGCCUUCAUUUCGGAUUCAAAUGCUUCUUGAUCGGAUCACAGUUUUAGCAAGGGGGAGGUUGAUAUAUCUAGGUAGCCCGAAUGGGUUAUCUGCACAUCUUGAGGGAUUCCAAAGACCCGUGCCUGAAAAUGAAAACAAUCUUGAAUACCUCUUAGAUGUGAUCAAGGAAUACGAUGAGUCCACCAUUGGUCUCGACCCUCUCGUGAUGUACCAACGUGACGGGCUCAAGCCAGAUCCGGUAGCUCAGACUCCGGUUCCCAAGCCGAAAGCAACACCUAAAGGUCCACAUGGAAAAACUCCAAACAACCAAAAACACAUCGCCCUUCGAAGCAUUCAGUUUCAGAGUGGCAACACAACCUCUGGAGCCAAUUCCAAUACAUUUGAUUAUCAUGAGAAUGAGUCUGAUGACGAGUUUGAUAACUCUCGGGAGCGUAAAGUCGCCCACACCCCGAUGCACAUGCAAAGCGGAGUGUAUCAUCCACGUUUAGCUUCACAAUUCUACAAAGAUUUCUCCGUAUGGUUAUACCACGGUGUGAAAGGUACUCCACAACGUGCACCAUCAUGGACUCCUGCAAGGGGUAUGAUCACCCCUGGCCAGACUCCAGUCGGAGUUACACCAAGCAUAAACCGCCACCGUAUCAAGACUCCUCAAGUAUUCAGCCCGGCUUCAGAGUCAUACGUAUCAUAUGAAAACGCUUUAGAACCGGAGGUUCUUGAUAAGCCUGACCUGGGACCGAAGUUUGCAAACCCGUGGAUACGUGAAGUAAUGGUCCUCUCAUGGCGAACUGGACUAAAUGUGAUUCGGACCCCUGAACUGUUUCUUUCUCGUGAGAUCGUAUUAACUGUUAUGGGUCUCAUUCUAGCUUCUCUAUUCGAGAAACUAAACGAUUAUGACUUUAAAACAAUCAACCGUCUUCUAAACUUCUACAUUUUCGCAGUUUGUCUUGUUUUCUUUUCAUCCAACGACGCUGUCCCUACUUUCAUCCAAGAACGGUUCAUAUUCAUCCGCGAGACUUCCCACAACGCAUAUCGUGCAUCCUCUUAUGUCAUAGCAUCUCUCAUCGUUUACCUUCCCUUUUUUGCAAUCCAAGGGUUCACAUUCGCCGCCAUCACACAAUUCAUCCUCAGACUACACAGCAACCUGUUCCACUUUUGGGUCAUACUAUACUCGUCGCUCAUCACCACAAACGCCUACGUUAUGCUUGUGAGCGCACUAGUACCGAGUUACAUCACUGGCUACGCAGUGGUCAUAGCCACCACGGCUCUCUUUUUCUUGACUUGUGGUUUCUUCUUGAAAGCGUCACACAUACCCCCCUAUUGGCUGUGGCUCCAUUACAUAUCGGCUAUCAAGUAUCCUUUCGAGGCAUUGUUGGUGAACGAGUUCAAAAGCAACCACUGUUACACGGGAGACUUCUCGGAGCUAUCACCAGGUCCCCUCGGUGAAGUCAAGAUUAAAGACCCCUCAAAGCUCGGGCCCGGUUGUUUGUUGAGGGGAGAAGACGUGUUGAAAUCGAUGGAUAUAAAAUGGGAAAACGUAUGGUACGAUAUCGGGAUCCUGUUGGCUUGGGGAGUCUUGUAUCGGCUGUUGUUCUACGUUGUUCUCAGAUUCUAUUCCAAGAACGAGAGGAAGUGAUCGAGAACUUCAUGUUUUAUAGUUUUAUCUAUAUCUAUUAUAUAUAUAUAUAUAACACGUUAAUUAACUAACGUGAGGUAACGAUAUUGUUUUAUCUACUUAUUAAAUAAAAAAUACAUAGAAGAUGUUUGUUUA